UGGAGCUCCGGGCUAAUUUUUCCGCCCUAGGUCGAGCCUAAUGUAGCCCGACCUAAGUAAACCACCUCUAGGGUUUUUCUCGCAUACCCUGUCCACCCCCUCUCUCUGACUCACUCUCUCUCACUCACUCUCCUAUUCCGCCACGCAGCGCGCUUCUAGCUAGAAACCGAGAGUUUCUGAGCUUGGAACCUCUCGUCACGCAUUACUCUCGUCACCACCGCGCAGCUCUUUCCCUCUUUUCUCCUAACUGAAACUCGCUAAGUUCGGACGGUUGUCGUAAUUCAUCUUCCUCCACUCGUCGACCCAGAUAGCACCCGACCAAGCCGUGGCCGUGGGCCGUCCCUUUCCCAGCGCCCUCGAGCGGCUCUCGUGCUCGCCGCCCCGUGCAGCGGAGCGCGCUCCCUCUCGUCCUCUCCGAGCCCCUUCGUUCUGCCCGGCAUCCCAUCCAUUUCGCCCCCCCUCCCCCUCAUCCGCCUUUUCCCUCUUCUCCCUCCUCCGCUUUCGCCCAUCUUCCCCGUCCCCUCUCUCUUCUUCCCCGUCCCCUCUCUCUUCUUCCCCGUCCCCUCUCUCUUCUUCCCCGUCCCCUCUCUCUUCUUCCCCGUCUCCCCUCCCUCCGUCGUAACCCCCCAGUCUCCCCCCUCCUUCCGCCCUCACUCCCCCCUCCAGUUUCCUGUCCAUCCUCCUCCAUAUUUCCCCUCUCGUCUCGCUUUCCCGCGUCUCCCUCGCUCCGUUUCCCCCCGGUCCUCUCCACUUUCCCGUUGUUUCCCCCCUCCUCUUGUUAUCCCCUUUCCAAAUGGCGGGUGGCUCUGUCGCAGAGCGUCCUACGUGCGAUGGCGGCGAGGGCGAACGACGCCAGCGAAUCAAAACAGUCGCAGCGUGUGAGCUGCGACGGCCUUUAGUGGGCGAAGCGGCGGAGUGCGACGAGAGCGUCGUGGCGGGGCGGCGGUGGGCGGAGCAGCGUGCGGCGAAGGACACAACGCAGGGGGGGGCUGGGGAGUUGGGCGUUGAAGGAGUGGGCGCGAACGUGGCGGAGGGGAGGGGAAAGACGAUCAUUCGCGGCGAGUGAAGGCCGCUUUUAUAUACGGCAAUUACAAGCAUUAUUACGGAUACAGGGUAUGGCUGCAGAGAAUGGUUGUCAGUUUAGGCACUUGGCUAGGGCUGGAGGGGUGAAUGUAGGGCCGUGGGCCGUGGCGUGACAACCGUGGAUGGUAGAGAAUAAAGGGCUGAAGCCUAAAACCUAAAAUCGGAAGCCUUGACCCCUGACUAAACCCUAACCCCGAACCCGAAAGCUCAAACCCGUAAAGUACCCUAAACCGCUGAACCGAAGGCUGUAAACUGUGAAGCUAGGUGGUU